AUGACCGUACAAACCAUCUACAUCGCCAGACAUGGAUACAGAUCCAAUUGGCUUCCAGAAGGACCAUAUCCUUCCCCACCAACUGGUAUCGACUCCGAUGUUCCAUUAGCUGAGCAUGGUGUACAUCAAGCGAAAGAACUGGCUCAUUACUUGCUCUCCAUCGAUAACCAGCCUGAAUUGAUUUUUUCCUCUCCAUUCUACAGAUGUGUACAGACAAGUAAACCAAUUGCUGGUCUUCUGGAAGUUCCUGUGCUUGUAGAACGAGGCAUUGGGGAAUGGUACAAACCAGAUAGACCUGUUAUCCCAGUUCCAGCUACUAUUGAUGUCUUGAACAAUUUUUUUAAACCUAUGAUUAACGAAGAAUGGGAGUCAUGUUUGAUACCUAGUGAUAAAGGUGAGACAGAAGCUGAUAUUUUUGAUAGAUGCAAGAGGUUUUGGCCGCUUUUCAUAGCCAAAGUGGAGAAGGAAUUCCCAAAUGUAGAGACAAUAUUAUUAGUGACUCAUGCUGCAAGUAAAAUAGCGUUGGGAUUGAAUUUAUUAGGAUUGAAAACUUGUAGGGACUUCAUAGACGAUGAGGGCAACACAAUCAGAUGCGGUAGUUGUUCACUUGAUAAAUAUGAAUUGAUCAAACCAAAGAAGAACUCGGAUAAUAAUGAAAGUGACGAGGAAGAUGCUGAAGAUAUCCCAUUCGAAAAACGUAAGUGGGUCCUGACAAUGAAUGGUAAUACUGAGUUCUUAAGAGGUGGUGAGGAAAUGGAUUGGAAUUUUCAGAGGAAUGUUGAAGCUGGUUCUAACGCAGACGUUGUUGCUAGAUCAUCUGGCAAUAAUGCAUCCAAUUCUACCGAAACUGAAACAGAAAUAGAAACAGAAACAAUUUAUGUCAGCGUUGAUCUACCGAGUAAAAGCUAUAAGAAAAAAACAGAGCUUCCUAGAACUGCAAUGUUUCAGUAUUCAGGUCUAGAGACAGAAGCACCAUUGUUUAAGAUUGGUGACAAGGUUUAUGAAGGGAAUUGGCAAAAAUUCCUUGGGACUGAGAUAGCAUUUCCAGAUGCAGCUACUUUGAAUAAGAAAACGGCUUAUACCUCAACAGAUACUGCGACACCAACGGAGGAUCGCCAUAACGAAGAAAAGGAAUAUGAAGAAAAUGAGGAUGAAGACGAAGAAAGGAAGGUUGACUCUAAUAAAACAGAAUUAGAAAAUGCUGAGAAAAUUUACAGAAUUACUGACAGAAUUGGAUUAGUGAAUCUUCGCCCAAUUUAA